CUCUGCGAUCCUGCGCUCCUCCAGCCGCUUCACUCCUCUGUCCUCUCACUUGAUCGUCCCUCUCGGUGUUUCCAGCGGAGGGGCUGCACGCGCGAUUGCGCUAUUGAUAGCCACUUUACACCGUGUCUGUGGAAAGUCAGCGUCUCUUUCUCUCCCUCGCUCUCUCUCUCUCUCUCUCUCUCUCUCUCCCUCUUUCUCCCUCUCUCUCUCUCUCUCUCUCUCUCAGUCCUCCUCUCUGGCUGCGCUUUGGUAACCUAACAGGGAGGUGUUAACUACUUUUGCCUCCCCAAAGCGCCUCCCGUUAUCUCCGGUGCUGCUGCGCGAGAGCCAGACGGGCCAGUGCUGCUGAUAUUCCCACUCCGCAGAAAACUUUUCGGUUUGUUGUGAGGAUAAAAAAAAAAAAAAAGAAAGAAGCCGGAAACCGAGGAGUCGUGUGUAGAAGAAGCGGAUUCUGCCACGGCGAGGGAGUUUCUCCUUUGAUGUUGGCUGGUAGUCAACGCAGCUUUGAAGCUCGUCUAGAGCGGGCCAAGGCUGCUACUUGAUACUGUUGUGGACACCACGUGAAGAUGAGGAACCAGCUUUGAUGCCCACCAUCCCAGGACCCUUUGGCUUCCACAACACCUCCAACAAACUCUCCCAACGGGAGGCUUUUACCGCUUUGUACCCAGGAGGCAAAACUACAUCUUGAAAAAUCGUCGUAUUUAUUAAUAAGAACCUGUUUCAAACUGUGAAGUCUGUACAGGACUGGACAAACCCAGUGGCACUUACCUGGCAUGGAAUGAUCUGAAGUGAACUGAGGUCAAGUGAAUUUGACUGGAGACAGAUCAACUCUCUUUAGUUCCACUGAAGAGAAAUGAACUGAAGCUGAACCUGAACCUGAAACCUGAACUUUGGCGGACAUUAAUUCAUUUCUUCAAGAAUACACUUGUUUCCCACGAACGGCUCUUUUCUGAGCCCCUUCCUCCAAAAACCAAACUUGUUUCUCUAACUCUCCAAACCAGAUUCCCUCACCUCCUCAGACCCUUUCCAAGGGUCUUGGAAAUUGUCUCCAAACUAACUGGGGAGGAAUCAUUUCCUCCUCUUCCUCCUAAAAUCCUUGCGACCUCCUUCCGUCCAGACAUGGACCUCCACAGGGCAGCCUUCAAAAUGGAGAGCUCCUCCUACCUCCCCAACCCCCUGGCCUCCCCAGCCCUGAUGGUCCUGGCCUCUACCGCCGAGGCGUCCCGCGAUGCCUCCAUUCCCUGCCAGCAGCCGCGCCCGUUUGGCGUCCCAGUUUCUGUUGAGAAAGACGUCCACUUGCCAUUUAACAAUGGUUCGUACACUUUUGCAUCAAUGUACCACCGCCAAGGCGCAGUCCCGCCUGGAUUCCCCAACAGGGACUUCCCUCCGUCCCUCCUCCACCUCCAUCAUCAGUUUGCCCCACCUAACCUGGACUGCUCGCCAAUCAGCAUGCUGAAUCACAGCGGCGUUGGUGCCUUCAGGCCUUUCGCCUCGCCUCCGGAAGAUCGGGACGGGGCGCCAGGUGGGUAUCAGUCUGCUUUCACCCCAGCCAAGCGCCUCAAAGGCUGCCUGGAUGCAGAGGCUUCUCCCCACCUGCGGUACUCUGAUGCAGAGGGGAAAGAGUAUGACUUUGGAGGUUCUCAGAUCCCUCCCGGAGGCUCACCCAGCAGCGCCCUGAAAGCCGUGGAGGACAGCGGGAAAAAGAUCUUUGCCGUGUCGGGCCUCCUGUCUGAUCGAGAGACUUCCUCCAGCCCUGAGGACCGCAUUGAGCGCUGUAAAAAGAAGAUGUCCCUGUACGACAGCCAGGCUCCAGUCUGUCCCAUCUGCCAGGUGCUGCUCAGGCCCGGAGAGCUACAGGAACACAUGGAGACAGAGAUAGAGAGGCUAGCUAGCAUAUGCCACAGUAAGAACCCUUCACCCAAGGAUGGAGUGACCACUCCAGGAACCCCUAAGUCGAUGCUGUUGUCGGUGCACAUCAAGCGUGAGGGAGAGUCUCCCGUGGUCUCGCCUCUGUCCUCUGAAGACGCCCACCACUCCGACAGAUACCAGACAUUUUUACGAGUUCGGGCAAACAGGCAAACAAGAUUGAAUGCCCGUAUAGGAAAGAUGAAGAGGAGGAAGCCUGAGGAGGGGGGCCAGGUAUGUCCGCUGUGCAGCGCCCCAUUGGCUGGGAGCGAGGAGGAGAUGAGUAGACAUGUGGAACAAUGCCUGAUCCAGCGCGAGGGUGCGUUAGACGAUGACUCCGCAGACAUGGAUGGAGAGAACGGGCGUGGCUUUGAGGAGUACGAGUGGGCGGGGCAGAAGAGGAUCAGAGCUACAGCUUUGCUGGAGGGAGGCUUCAGAGGAACAGGUUUUGCCACGUGUAAUAUCAAGGAAAGCGCGGCGGACAGCGACGCCGACCUCGACGUGGACGGAGACGACACCUUGGAGUACGGCAAAGCCCAGUACACCGAGGCCGAUGUCAUCCCCUGCUCUGGAGCCGGAGAGGACCAAGGAGAGGCCAGAGAGAGGGAGGCGCUACGGGGAGCCGUGCUCAAGUACGAAGGCGAAACUACAAGACAAUUAAACCAGCACAUAGCGCUUUAUCACGGUGGGAUGCCUUCUAACAGAAUAACGCCUGAGUUCUCCAAAUGGGCCAGUGAUGAGAUGCCUUCAACAAGCAACGGGGAGAGCAGCAAGACAGACCCCAGCACUCCUUCAUCCUCCUCCUCUUCCUCCUGCGCCCCGCGCACCUGUAAAAACAGCGAGAUCGAAAAGGUAACGGAGGAGGAGUCCACAGCCACCACCAUGGAGGCUCUGAAGGCUCGAAUCAGAGAGCUGGAGAAGCAGAUACUGAGAGGAGACCGAUACAAGUGUCUCAUCUGCAUGAGGAAGCCUGCUAUCCAGUCAGGCGCAGAGUUCAAGAGCCUAGGGGCGUGGCCAGGGCCCCGGCCACUGGCCAGUGAGGUCGGAGAGAGGCAGCCUAAGUCCCUCCCCCUCGGCCUGUACUGCCUGUACAGGGGCCUUGUGAUUGGUGGCUACGGCAGCGGCAUAAAGAGGCUCCUCCCACAGCCCCUACGGAGGGACUCCUACACGAUGCCACUCACCUCCAUCCAGUGCUGGCAUGUCCAUUGUGAAGAAUGCUGGCUCAGGACUCUGGGGAACAAGAAGCUGUGUCCACAGUGCAACACCAUCACCUCACCCGGAGACCUGAGGCGUGUCUACUUGUAAAGAGCACACACACACACACACCCCAACCGCCUCUUCGUCCUUCCAAUCCAUUCCUCCCUCCAUCUUGGAUUUCAUCGACCCUCCCCAUCGAUCACCGUUCGUUUCCUCUCUCUCUCUCCCUCUCUCUCUCGUGGCCUGGAUCAGAGCUCAGAAAGCCUCCAGGAGCGUCCAGAGACGAGGCGGCCGUCUCUGGGACUCCGCUGAAACUUUGAGGAAACUGGUUUGACUGAACGACUGAGCAGCGCUCACCGACUCUCUGGCUGCCUGGCCACCCAUGGAAAAAAAAAUGAAAAUACAGAGACCUGCAAUCUCAGCGGCCAAUGGGCUCGUUUCCUCUGCCUCACUGACAUGACGCCGGGUAUCGCCCACUGACGGACUUUUAAGUCAGUGGAGGCGUGCAGCUCGGCCCUACUGAGACAUGGUGGCUUCACGCCGCUGCAGCUGGACCUGAAAGGAACUUAAUACAGAAUAUAAAGACUUCUUUUUUUUCUUUCCUCUCGCUCUUCUUCGACAUCUCAGCGGUGCUGGACAAUGGACUCUACCCUGAAGACUGGACAGAAAGCUUCUUUUUGUUUCCUCUUCUCUAAUUCCAGAGAGAAACUCUUACCUUCACGCCCCUGUUGCUUAAGAGAAUUAAAAAAGGGCCACUAAAAACUGAGCUUUCAACCAAACUGAGAAUAACCUCACAACCUUGAAAAGGAGUUAGACACUCUCUCCUCUUCCACCUCUUCUCCUUCUUCUUCUUCUUCCUCUUCUCCAAGCGGGCCCUUCCCUCCCCUCUUCCCUCUUUUGUGGUGUUCUAGUGAAGUAAACCAAAAUUUCUCCCCCCCUCCAAGAUGCAGUGCAAGCACAUGUAAAAUAGUUCUAUGUAUGUUUACAAUGUUGGAUGUAAAUGACAUAGAGUUCACUCACAUACACACACAUGCACACACACACACACACACACAGAUGCAAACACAGGCACAUGUUACCAUCAGACACACACAGAAUAUAUAAUAUCAAAGUCCUGUUUUUAGUUGGAAGGGUUUGGGAAUGAUGUUUGGGGGGGUUAAAAAAAAAAUGGCUGAAAUUUAAAAAAAGAGAAAAAAAAGAAAAAAAAAAGCCUUCUGUAUUUUUAAGAAAAAAAAAGAUAAUUUGAAGAGCCGUUAAAGUUUUAUUUCACUGUACAGGAAUAAAAAAUUUAAGUAAUAAUAAACUACUCGAGAUUAGAUGGUCAGGAUGUAGGUGGUGUAAUUGUUCUGCAGAGGACCGGAGAGAUUCCUGCUGCCCAAGGUUUUUCUGCAAACAAGCAGAAAGAUGGAACUGCUCCUUAGUUGCAACAAUGUCCAGCUGAGCCUCUUUAUUUUAUUAUUCUUUUUUUUCUUUAAACCUCCAUUUCUGCUUCCUCUCGGUUGGAGUAACAACAUGCUCAGAUCAUAGUCUAGACACGUUCAGUUUUACCCGUUCACGUCUCAAGAGGAAGCUUUUUCCAUCGUUCUCAUACUGCUGCGCUGCAACAACAACAACAACAACAACAACAACAACAGAGGUCCCAAAAUGGCAACCCUUAAGGGCAGGUUCUUUCUAAGUUAUAACAGAUGAGGGGGGAAAGAAGGAUGGUCAAGGCUAAACUGGCAACCUCAACAACAACAUUUCCUCCCCUCCCCUCCCCUCCCCUCCCCUCUCCACGGCAGCAGCAGCCAAGGUGGUGGUGUGCUUUGUGUUUGUAAAACUAUGUAUUCUGUGACGUCUGUAUUGUUGUAAGAAAUGCUGAAAAAAAAAAAAUAAAACUUCUCAAAUAUCUCGAGUGGUCCCGUUGACACAACCCACCCCACCCCACCCCCCACCCCACCCCCAUCCCCCACCCCUGCAGGUGGUAAAAUAAGACAUAAGUGAAGAAAAACGUUGCUGUGUUCACUGAAAACAGGUGAGGAAGAUGGCCUUAACUGCAAAAAACACACUUGUUCUGUUCAUGUGCAUUUUUAAUAGACUGUGCGUCAUCUCAAGUGUCAGUGUUCACGCCGCUCUCAUUGGACUUGUUUGCAUCUGAAGUUGAUCAUCUCCAUCCACUGUGAAAUAAUGUAAAAGCCCCACUGUUUAAAGGUUUGUUUUCAGAAAGAAAUAAAUGGGGUCUGGGAUCCUUCUUUACAGCGAGACGAAUAAUUGUGGGGUGAGAAAAGCAUGAGUUGAUAGCCGAGUUCUGCUCUGUUCCCUUUGGGUUUAGCUCAUCAUGUAGUCAACACAUCCUGGUAGGUAAACGCUGAAUAGGAAAAAAAAAAGAAAAAGAAAAAGGGAUGUGAUGCUGCGCUGUCGCGUUCACGCUGUGAUUCCUCUGAUCUUCCUUUGAUUCGAACCUGCCCCAAAGAUGACAAAUUGCACAAGAGGAUUGUGUCGGAACUAAUUUGUGUCUUGUAUAUUCUUGGAAAUGGUACAUGUCUUUCCCGUUUGUAAACUACAUUUGACAUUAAUUAAAUGAUUGUAAAUCUCAA